CCCGAGAAAAGAAGGUUCCGGUCAAGUCUGAACAGAAAGAAGCUUGUAGUAGCGUCUGAAGUACUGAACAUCUCUCGCACAUCCCAUCCCGUUCCCCGCCAUGGCUUCUGCAGGCGCAGAAAUAUCAGCUCCGGCCACCGGGCCGGCGGCCGCGAAUGUGGAGUGGCAUGUGAGGCCUCCCAAUCCCAAGAAUCCAAUCGUCUUCUUCGAUAUCACUAUUGGUACCAUCCCAGCUGGUCGCAUCAAGAUGGAACUUUUCGCCGAUAUUGUCCCCAAAACUGCUGAAAAUUUCAGGCAGUUCUGCACCGGUGAGUUCAGGAAAGCUGGAUUGCCUGUUGGUUACAAGGGAUGCCAGUUCCACAGGGUUAUUAAGGAUUUCAUGAUUCAAGCUGGUGACUUUGUCAAGGGCGAUGGUAGUGGAUGUACUUCCAUUUACGGGCAUAAGUUUGAAGACGAAAAUUUUGUUGCCAAGCACACUGGGCCUGGUCUACUAUCAAUGGUAAGCUGUGAAUGUUUGCCUUCAAAAUUGCAGUUCUUCCUUACCUGUGCAAAAUGUGACUGGCUCGACAAUAAGCAUGUUGUCUUUGGGAGGGUCCUAGGAGAUGGCCUCUUGGUUAUCAGGAAGAUAGAGAAUGUAGCUACUGGACCAAACAAUCGACCGAAGCUGGCUUGUGUUAUUGCAGAAUGUGGGGAAAUGUAGAAGCUGUUGGAUCAAAGAACUUCCCCAAUUUUUGAGGAUUUCUAACAAAACAAUGUCUAGGCACUGGUUACCGUUGUAUGGGACUGCUGUCUUUGUUCAAGAGUUUCCAGCUAGAGGCAACACUUGCCAGUCAGGGCAGUUCUCUUGUACAUGAGAGGAUUGAAGACGUUUAAUGGAUUGCGAGUAUCUUUGAAUUGCCCAUUUUGGCCAAUUUCGCUGGCUAUGUGAUUGAUUCAUUAGUUGUAUGAAACUGGUGAAUGGUUGUGUUUAAGCCUAGAAUG